UAUAAUAACAACAACACGGACAGUUCAGGAACUUCAGCUGGUUUAUUUACUCCCUCGGACCUGCACAAAAACGAGUUUAUUGAUGCGGAAAGUUAACGAUAAUGUUGCUGCUGAGGACAACGACCAAAGGUUAGUUAAGUGACAGCUACGCUAGUUUGACAGCUGACAGGGCAAGAAAAACAUAACAAGGUUCACUCUACAGCUGCUGCUGCUGCUGCUGCAUGAGAGCUCCAAAUGAGUGUACCUGCAGCAACAGUACAGAAAUCAGACGGCAACAACAGUGAAAUGCAAUCAGCUGCAGUGGCUCCCUCCUUCAUCCCCAGCCAGUCGGGGAAGAUACCAGGCAGGAAGAGAGGGAGACCCCCGCUCCGCAAUGUCGCCAAGAUGGAUUUUCCCAACCGGUAUCCUGAAUCCCUCCCUCCACUCAAAGUGCCAAAGAAGAGGGGGAGAAAGCCGGGCUUCAAGCUCAAACCUAGGAUGGUGAUGACGCCGUUGGCUAUUUCUCCACCCAGCAGCACCCCUGAGCCCGAUAUGAGCUCCAUUCCUCAGGAUGCCGCCACCAUCCCCCACUCUGCCACGCCCCAGGUGCUCACAGUCUGUAUCUACAUCAACAAGCAGGCCAACACGGGCCCCAACCUGGACAGGAAGAAGAUCCAGCAGCUCCCUGAUCACUUUGGACCCGACAGGCCCUCCGUGGUGCUGCAGCAGGCCGUCCAAGGCUGCAUCGACAGCGCCUUCCAGCAGAAAACAGUGUUCACUCUCCUCACACAAGGCUACGGUGGAGAAAAAAUAUCAGCCACGUUUGAUGGGAAGCAGCACCUUCUGAGCCUCCCCGUAGUGAACAGCAUCGACUAUGUGCUUCGUUUUCUGAAGAAGCUCUGUCGCAGCUUGCACUGUGAAAACCUCUUCAGUGAUCAGCCCAUUACCCAGCACAGUGGUGGCUCCUACCAGUCAGAUGCUGAAACAUCUAUGGCUGAGGACUACCAUUUAGACCAGUCAGAUGGUAAACGCUACUCCGUGGACCCCGGGGAGUCUGCUUUCAGCUCUAUAAGCUCCUCUUACUCGCCAAAGUCCUCCUACGGGUUUCGUUCAUCACAGCAGUUCUCCAACGGCUCGGCCUCCAUGAGCAUGUGCAGGCAGUCGUCCACCAGCCCGAACACGUUCCCUGAGAGCAACAGGACAGGAGGUUAUAAUGCAUCUCCAGAGUCCCAAGAGUCCAAGGCUCCACCCAAUAAGGACCCAUCCACCUGGUCUGUGGAAGAUGUUGUCUGGUUCAUCAGGGAUGCGGAUCCCCAGGCCCUCGGCCCUCAUGCAGAUGUAUUUAGGAAACAUGAGAUCGACGGAAACGCCUUGUUACUCCUGAAGAGCGACAUGAUCAUGAAGUACCUCGGACUGAAGCUGGGUCCGGCCUUGAAGCUUUGCUACCACAUCGACAAACUAAAGCAGACCAAGUUCUGAAAACCCCCUACAUGAUAUUCCUUUUUUUCUGUCUCUCUCUCUGUCUCUCUUUCACCCAGAAGGGUCAAAUCCAAAAGUACAUUUUGCUGAAGAUUUCCAUAAUGUCAUGUAGUGAUAAUCACAAGUUAAACCGUCUCUUCUUCUCUUCUCUUCUCUUCUCUUCUCUUCUCUUCUCUUCUCUUCUCUUCUCUUCUCUUCUCUUCUCUUUUUACUUACUUUACCUUUGGCACAGAUUUUGAACUAAAAACGCACCCUUCAUAACGUAACCAGUUAAGAAGGCCAGUGUAAGAAACCGUUUCAAGUCUCACAAACCUUCAUGUGCAGCACAUCUGUCAGCUGCAUGCAGAUUUCAUUAUAUAUAUAAAUAUAUAUAUAAAAAAAUCAUCAUCUGACAAGAAAUGUAUAACAGAAAACACUUUAUACCUUAAGGCUACUCUCACUUUCUCAAAUCUCACAAAUAUGAUCUUGUUUACUCGUGUUUACCAAGCUGACAAACAUAUUUAUAACUGUACUGAAAAGCAGUGCAUUAAAUACUACAUUGCUUUUUUGAUUGAGAGGUUUUAAAAAAAAAAAAAUCAUUUUGAUACUAUUUUUUCACAUUACUGUGCAACAAAGGAGUAAUGUUCCCAUUGAAUUUCUUUUUUAAUUAUAAUUUUAAUAUUAAAGAAAAAAACAGUAUAACCGAAAUAAAACAUAGCCUACAUAGACAGACAGUAGCUCUCUUGUUAAUAUAUAUCUAUAAGGAAAAACGAGAGCAUCGUGAACGUGAUAUAUUUAUGUUUCAAUAUGCAAGAUUGUUAGAUGCCAAUUAUCUCCAUAGGCUCUCCAUGUAUACUCAUAAGGACGUUUUUUUAAAAUUCAUAUGUUUCUAUGUUUUUAUCAAGCAUCAGUGUUGAUACAGAAGUUGUUAAAACACACCAAACACUUAAAUGUUACACUGAGAAAACCGAAAACGACCAUGUAAAUGGGUAUAUAAUAUAGUAUUGCUUUUGUAUACCACUUUUGGUGUACAGUAUGCAUCCUUUUUUAAUCAAUUAACCUUUGUAAGUGAAUGCUGCUGUAAAGAUAUUACAUGUAAGCCAUGCCUAGUGAGAUCAAGCUAAGGUGUUUUAUUUUACAAAUCAUUAUGAAUAAGAGUUUUAGAGAAAGCUGAGUGAUCAGUACUCUGCGCUGGUGCUAAAGUUAUCUACGUAUUUAACUGUUUGCUUUUGUGUUUGUGAGAUGUAAAGGAAAUCUUAUGUGUAUACUGUACUGUAUGUGAGUAUUAAAUUAAGAAAUCAAGUAA